GAGAAAAAAAAUGUAGCACCAAAACACAGGUGCUCGAAAAUGUUAUCUUAUUAUGUUUUAACCUGUUUGUUUCUUACUGUCCUUUUUACUGAUGUCACAACAGGCUUGAAGUGCUUCUGCGCAGAAUGCGUUUUCAACAACCAGACAUGUGAGACUGACGGGGUGUGUCUUACGAUUAGGUCCAUAAGGAAAGAUGGGACUGAAAAAAUAAGAUACAGGUGUAGUGUUGAAGCUGAUAAUCUUCCACGUAUUCCGAACCAUGACAUCUUAGAGUGUAUGAAUACCAAACUUCGUGGAGAUUCAUCCAGUAAACUCUGUUGUAAUGAUGAAGAUUACUGCAAUAAACUUCUGCGACCUACAUUUGCUCCACCCACAACCCAUACUCCAACAUUCAGAGAGAAUCCUGAACCUAGACUGACCUUUGGAACAUGGGAGUUAGUUUCUCUGAUUGCUGGGCCUGUGAUUGUGGUCUCCAUCUUAUUUGUCAUAUGUUUCCUCUCCUACAGACAGUGCCAGCAUCAAGGGUACUGUCUCUCCCCCAAGGCCAUGAUAGAUGGACCCAGUGAGACACAGCCCUUCAUGCAGCCUGGCCAGAACACAGACACGCUGAGAGAAAUGAUCAUGGAGUAUUCAGGCUCUGGUUCAGGACUUCCCCUACUUGUCCAGAGAACCAUUGCCAGACAGAUUCAACUGGUGGAGAUCAUUGGAAAGGGUCGUUAUGGAGAAGUUUGGCGAGGACGCUGGAGAGCUGAAAACGUAGCUGUAAAAAUCUUCUCUUCCCGUGAGGAAAGAUCAUGGAUACGAGAGGCAGAAAUUUAUCAGACAGUCAUGCUGAGGCAUGAAAAUAUUCUGGGAUUCAUUGCAGCUGAUAACAAGGAUAAUGGCACAUGGACCCAGUUAUGGUUGAUAACAGAUUACCAUGCCAAUGGUUCUUUGUUUGAUUACCUAAACAGAACAGUUUUGUCCACAACACAAAUGAUCAGACUGGCCAUGUCUGCUGCAUGUGGGCUUGCCCAUCUCCACAUGGACAUUGUGGGCACAGAAAUUCAUGCUGGGAAACCAGCUAUUGCCCACAGAGACUUAAAAAGUAAAAACAUUCUGGUUCGGAAUGAUGGGGUCAGUUGUUGUAUAGCAGAUUUAGGUUUGGCUGUCCGACAUGACCCUGUAACGGAUGCAGUGGAUAUUGCUCCUAAUAACAGAGUUGGGACCAAGCGAUAUAUGGCCCCAGAGGUUUUAAAUGAUACGAUCAACAUGAAUCAGUUUGAUUCCUUCAAGAGAGCCGAUGUGUAUUCAUUUGGACUGGUGCUAUGGGAGAUUACUCGUCGCUGUUCAGUAGGAGGUAUAGUAGAGGACUAUCAAUUGCCAUUUUAUGAUAUUGUGCCCUCGGAUCCCAGUCUCGAGGACAUGAAAAAGGUGGUGUGUGAUGACCGACAAAGGCCAGGGAUCCCCAACAGAUGGCAGACAGUAGAGAGUUUAAAAGUCAUGUCACGGUUGAUGAGAGAAUGCUGGUAUCACAAUCCUGCCGCUCGGUUGACAACACUGCGCAUUAAAAAAUCACUUGAUAAUCUGGCAAAGUCAGAAGAUAUGAAAAUCUGAUACCAAAGAUAACAAAAACUCUUAAAAGUGGCCAUGGCUUUGGUAUGACUGCAAUCUGUUACAGUUGUAUUGAACAUUAGGUACAUGUAGAACAUGUAUGAUUGAUGCUGGGCUUUCAGACUUUUGUACUUUAGUGGGAAUGACAUUGACAGCAGUCUGGGCAUUUGUGAUAUACGUGUGUAUGUGUGUGAUAAGUAUAAUGUUCAUGAGAAGUGUUGUAUGUAGGUGUUGUUUGAGAAGUUGUUGAAGGAGAUAGACAUGGUUUACGUUGUUGUAUGUCUUUUGCAUUUUUUAAAAUUCACUUUUAGAAAAAAAAUGGAUUCUUUUACCUCUUCCUUAUACAUUAAUUGUUGAUGUGCUUUUAUUUUAAAAUGUGAUUUUAGUCUCUUAAAUCUAUCUUUAUUCAUUUUUACUGUCUGUACUUAAUAAGGUUUUAUUUAAGAAAACAUGAUCUAUUUACAAGAACAACUUGAGGUUGAUGAUUGACUGUAUUGUGACUACCUCACAUCAAAAGAGGAAAAAGAUACUAUUAAGUCACUCAAACACUGAAAAGUUUUGGUAAAGAAUUUAAAUUAUUUCAUGGAAAUGUAUUGCUAAUUCCAGUUCAUUUGUAUAGGGAACUGGUUUCCUUCUUCCUUUUUUUGGAUUGCAUGACUUUGCAUGUAUCCUGGCAAUAUUCUUAUAUGUUGUUAACAAAUAUACACUGUAUAUGCUAAUGGCAAAAAAAGUUGUUGAAUGCAGACAUGUAGUGCUCUGUAAACUUGUACACAAAUGAAAUGUAUAUUUUCUUUACUGUAAUGGCUUCAAUUCUGUAAUAUUUCUCGGCUUUUUAUGCCAUGAUUAAAUCUUCAAAUCAUGUGCAUGAAAAGUUUUUGAAAUUCUUUAGUUUCAUUUGAUAAUUGUGUAUUUUUACAAGUGAAUUCCACAGUGACAAUUGUUGUAAAUAAUGUAGUCAUAAUCAUGUGUUUCAUGUCAUAAUAAGUUAAGUUGGAUUAAAGUCCUUUUUCCAAUUUGUCAUUUUUUUAGCAUUAAGAUUUUAUGUUGGUAUCAAAAUACAUGUACAUGUAUACUAGUAUAUACUAGUAUAUGUGUAAAUUAAAAAAAAAUAUAUUUAUCAUGUCUCAAUAAGUUAGAGGGGUGAAAGUGGAUCAAAAUCACAUUAUUCAUUUUAUUUGACUAUAUUGUAGAAUAUGUUUACCUUUUAAUAGAACAGAAAAAAAUCUGUUUUGUGUAGAAUUUUGUCAUUAUUUUGAAGCAAAAAUCUUAAAAAAAAAAAACUUUAAAACUCUACAAAAUUAAGUCACAAAAUUCAUUCUGCAAAAAUUGAAUUUGUAAAGAAGAAAUUGCUGACAACCCUUUUAUUGAAAUAUUAAUUCCCUAGCAGAAAGUCUGUAUUGCAUUGUUUUAUGAAAAUUCAUUAUGUCUAAAUCAUAUUUUCUGACUGUGAAUAAGAGGUUUGAACUACUAGCGUGUGUCAUGAUGCCAAGCAAUUGCAUUAUAACAUACUGUAAGUAUUACUUUGAUAGGUACAUAUCUUUGUGUUGUUCUAUAAUUUGUGUACAUGUCCUCAUUUUGUGAAUUUUAGCCAAUUUUUUUUUGUAUGUGCAGAUUUUAGAAUACAUGUAUUUAUUACAAUAAUGUGUGGCUAAAGUGCUUUUUCUGUAUUAUAUUUUUAGGAUCAGUGAGAGUAUAUUCAUUUAUUAACAUAUGACAUAAUGGUUGUGUACUGAUACAUUUUAGUUUCUUUGCUGGAAUCAAAAUCUCAAAAUAGUUGAUCAGCAUGACAAUUUAUAUACUUUUUUAGAAUCAAAGUUUUACAAUGGUGUAGGUUAAAUCCUUGUUAAAUGAUUAUUACAGUGUAAUCUUUUUUUUUUAUCUUUUAAUUUGGAUUUUAAUUUUUUUCAAUCUUGGAUAAACAAUUACCUUUCAGGAUGAAUAUGUAGUGGUGAAAUAACAAAUUUGUAAGCUUGUGACAUAGCUAUUAUACUGAAACCAAAAAAAAGAAAUAUACUACAUUUUUUAUAAGCUGAUUUAAGUAAAAUAUUUAUUGUACUGUUAAUGUAAAUACUGAUUUUUCUGGUUAGCAUUUUAAGUUUGUUAAACUCUCUCGGGAAUGAUUCUUCAAGUUUUGAUCUGGACUAAAUUUAGUCAUUUAUACCAGAUCAGUUUAAUACUUCUCAAAAAAAUCUUUGACUAUACACUUUUAACUUUUAUAUAACUCAAACAAUUUAAUGAACUGAGGUGUCAUACUAUUAAACCUGAUCCUUACCUGUAUAGGGCAUUGCACUAAAGGAAUAUUGUCAUCAGUUAUAUAAAAUCCAAUAUUUUCAACAGAAGCAGUAAAUGACUUGUAUAACAUUGCUUUGCUUUGUAUAAUACAGUUACCCCCAAGUCUACAUUGCUCUGCACAUAUAAAUCUAUACAGAAUUUAAAAACAUACAAUUUUUUCCCUCUCAGCUAUACUUCAGACAGAGUCGAGUAUAAAUGAAUAAAAUGGAAACAUGGAAUUUCCCCAAAAUGUUUACAAAAAGCCCUGUACCUUUGUUCAGUGUCUCAACUUUACUUUUUGACAUAUUGUGUUAAAAUGUCAAGACAUGUUCAGUGGAAUAAAAUUCUGAAAUAUUUA